CGACUGUGGAUUAUUUAUUUGGAUUUAUAUUACAAUUGGGAUAUUUUCAGAGAGGUCCACACAUUUCAAGAGAAGAAGAAAGCCUUACUGGGAAAUCAUAUGGACGAAGAAAUGAGUCGCCAGACUGCCACAGCGCUGCCCACAGGAACCUCCAAGUGUGCCCCCUCCCAGCGCGUCCCCACCCUGUCGGGCACCACGGCCUCCAACAGCGACCUGGCCAGCCUGUUCGAGUGCCCGGUCUGCUUCGACUAUGUGCUGCCCCCCAUCCUGCAGUGCCAGAGCGGCCACCUGGUCUGCAGCAACUGCCGACCCAAGCUCACCUGUUGCCCCACCUGCAGAGGCCCGCUGGGAUCCAUCCGAAACCUGGCCAUGGAGAAAGUGGCCAACUCGGUGCUGUUCCCCUGCAAGUACGCCUCGUCGGGGUGCGAGGUGACCCUGCCGCACACGGACAAGGCGGAGCACGAAGAGCUGUGCGAGUUUCGGCCGUACUCUUGCCCCUGCCCGGGGGCGUCCUGCAAAUGGCAGGGCUCUCUGGACGCGGUCAUGCCGCACCUGCUCCACCAGCACAAGUCCAUCACCACGCUACAGGGCGAGGACAUCGUCUUCCUGGCCACAGACAUCAACCUCCCCGGGGCGGUGGACUGGGUGAUGAUGCAGUCCUGUUUCGGCUUCCAUUUCAUGCUGGUCUUGGAGAAGCAGGAGAAAUACGACGGCCAUCAGCAGUUCUUCGCCAUCGUGCAGCUCAUCGGCACGCGCAAGCAGGCCGAGAACUUCGCCUACCGCCUGGAGCUCAACGGCCACAGGCGAAGGCUCACCUGGGAGGCCACGCCCCGGUCUAUUCACGAGGGUAUCGCCACAGCCAUCAUGAACAGUGACUGCCUGGUAUUCGACACCUCCAUUGCCCAACUGUUUGCCGAGAACGGAAACCUGGGCAUUAACGUUACCAUAUCCAUGUGCUGAGGACCUGACAAAACUGGCACAGGCAUAAAGACAACUGUAUGACACAC